UAGGCUGAGGCUCCACCCUUUUUGCUUCACUCCCGGCUGGACACGUGACGGUUCCGUUGCUGCAGCGGCGGGUGGUGUACCGAAGUGAAGAGGCGAUCGUGUCCCGGCGAUCAUGGAUAUGAAAUGGCUUAUCUGUUUGACCUUCCUGAUCUUUGGAGUAGUAAUAGUUCACACUCAUGGUGACCAUGAUCACCACCAUGACCACGAUCACCACCACCACGACCAUGAUGAUGAUGAUGGGUUGGAUAUAGAUGACCUUGAUGUCGAGGAACCAGAGGAGUUAAAGCCAGAAGUCAGCACCCCGCCUCCUGCUCCAAAGGUUACCUAUAAAGCCCCCGUCCCAACUGGAGAGGUCUACCUUGCAGAGUCCUUUGAUAAAGGCACUUUGGAAGGUUGGGUCGUUUCCAGGGCCAAGAAAGAGGAUACUGAUGACGAGAUCGCCAAGUAUGAUGGUAAAUGGGAAGUGACUGAAAUGAAAGACUCUAAGCUGCCCGGGGAUAAAGGACUCGUGCUGAUGUCACGCGCCAAACAUCAUGCAGUUGCCAGUAAACUGAAGAAGCCGUUCGUCUUCGAUAAGAAACCUAUGAUUUUGCAGUAUGAAGUCAAUUUUCAGAAUGGAAUAGAGUGUGGAGGAGCUUAUGUGAAACUCCUGUCUAAGAUCUCUGGUCAUAACCUGGAUCAGCUCUAUGACAAGACUCCCUACACAAUUAUGUUUGGACCUGACAAGUGCGGAGAAGAUUACAAGUUGCACUUCAUCUUCCGUCACAAGAACCCCAAAACGGGAGAGUACGAGGAGAAACACGCAAAGAAACCCGAUGCAGAUCUCAAAUCUUACUUCUCAGACAAGAAAACUCAUCUCUACACGCUAGUUCUGAAUCCCGAUAAUAGCUUUGAAAUACUGGUUGACCAAACUGUUGUAAACAGUGGCAACCUUCUUACUGACAUGAACCCCCCGGUGAACCCUCCCAAUGAAAUUGAGGACCCAGAAGACGAGAAACCCGAAGACUGGGACGAGAGACCCAAAAUUGCAGAUCCCGAUGCUGUCAAACCAGAUGACUGGGAUGAGGAUGCACCCGCAAAGAUCCCUGAUGAAAACGCCGUGAAACCAGAAGGAUGGCUGGAUGAUGAACCCGAGUACAUUGCUGACCCAGAUGCAGAGAAGCCAGAGGACUGGGAUGAAGAUAUGGAUGGUGAAUGGGAAGCCCCUCAGGUGGCGAACCCCAAGUGUGAGUCUGCCCCUGGCUGUGGAGUCUGGGAACGCCCAACUAUUGAUAAUCCUAACUACAAAGGCAAAUGGAAGGCCCCAAUGAUUGACAAUCCUAACUACCAGGGCAUCUGGAAACCACGAAAGAUUCCAAACCCAGAUUUCUUUGAAGACCUGGAACCAUUCAAGAUGACUCCAUUCUACGCCUUGGGGCUUGAGCUGUGGUCAAUGACAUCAGAUAUCUUCUUUGACAACUUCAUUGUGUGCUCUGAUAGAGCUGUCGCUGAUGACUGGGCUAAUGAUGGAUGGGGCUUGAAGAAGGCAGCGGAUGGAGCUUCUGAGCCUGGUGUUGUGGGACAGAUGAUGGCUGCUGCUGAGGAGAGACCCUGGCUUUGGAUUGUCUACAUUCUGACUGUGGCUCUACCAGUCUUUCUCAUCAUCCUGUUCUGCUGCUCAGGAAAGAAACAGACAGCAGAUGCAUCCUAUAAAAAGACCGACGCUCCCCAGCCUGAUGUGAAAGAAGAAGAAAAGGAAAGCAAGCGUGUAGAGGAAGAGGAGGAUGAGAAUGCAGAAGAGGAAGAAGGUGAUAAGGAGGGAGUGGAAGAGAAUCAGGAAGAAGGUGAAGGAGAUGCUGGACGUGGCAGCCAAGAAGAAGAAGAAGAAGAAGAGGAGGAGGAGCAAGAGACAGAACCCAAGGAGGAGGAAGUUCCAAACAGAUCUCCCAGAGUCCGGAAAUCGAGAAGAGAUUAAAACUAUACGAAGAUAUCCAGUAAAUGAACUGAAAUAUUUGGCAAAGUUAAUAUAAAUAAAAAAAAAAAAAAGCUUACCGUUUGUACAGAGUUGCAAAGAAGACCACCACCUGGGAGCACAACGCACUGAAAGCCACAAGGUCUCGUUAUCCCCCCCCCAAGUUUGAAGCGGAAAAUUUGCAAUUUUAAAGCGACGUGUCUAGAUGUUGCGAUUGCAAGUGUGGCAAAAAGUAAAAUCCCAUCAUUCCUGUAACAUGAAUGCAUUUAACAUUAACCGACUUUUGUGGGAAAUGCAGUGUAAAAAAAAUAACUAACCUCAUUGUUUUGGGUUUAAAGUUCGUUUCAAAAGAAGAAGAAAAAAACACAGUAUAGUAUUGCCAAAAUGUUCAAUCUUCAGUGUAAUGAAAUGUAUUAAUUCUAGAAAAUAAAAUUAUGGAAAACCUUAGGAAAAUAUUGUUAGGUUUAAGAUGCAGGAUGUCUUGUGUGUUUUUAUUUUGUUUUUCAUUUGUUGUUUUUUUGGACCCCAUUCCUUAACUCCUUGAGCCACCCUUGCCUCCUCGUUGUUUUAAAGAGUACUUCUAAAUGUGUAAAAGUACAUGCUUCUUUGGCACCAAAAAGCAUGUUUGUUAUUCUGACACUGCGCAUGUUUGCCCUGGGUUGCCGCUAAGCUGCCAGCUGUAACACAGGAGGGCCUUACUGACCAAAACAUUGGAACUCCGGUUAAAAUAGGUUCAGCAGGGAUCUCCCUCUUUAUGUGCGUGUGCAUAUGUAAAUAUAAAUAUAUACAUAUACCUUU